CUGUUACCAGACUUGUACCUGAGGAAAUUCAACUGUGAAGCGUUCCUUGCAGCUUGUGGCCAAGAACCUCAAAACCAGCCGGCAAGUGCUGCAACAGUGGUCACGCUUUAUUUCACGCGAAAUGGACGUGCUCCGUUUCGAUGUGUCGAAGAGAUAGCAGUCGAACUAAGGAGAAUUCUAAACGAGCUAGAAAUCCGUGGCCUGGCAGUAGAAGAGUGCGAAAACCUACAUGGAUAUCCGAACAAAGUACUAGGAGAAAUAAAUAGUUCAGUACACUUUCAUUUCACUUAUUCAGGAUUCGAAAUAAAAAGCCGGUUUGGCAGCGUCCGAGAGGCCUCUGUGCAUACACUCAACGGCCUUUUUGAAUUACGAAAAGAUUUUCAUGCACGAUGGCUGGAUCCUUUGAAAGUGAUGAAACCUGCCGCGGACAAAUGUUUGUGGAUAGACGAUGGCCUUGGUCAAAUCGUAUUUUCAGUCUACUUCGACAUAAGCAAUUUAAAAGAAGAAACCUUCAGCACAAACGCAGACCAAGUGAGCGAACUGAAGGAUCCGGUAAACCCCAACAGUGAAACAGACAUAUACAUACAGCAACUUCUUUGUGAGUUCUUUGAACUUUUGUACAUUUUGGACUUUAAACUUAAGACCUUCUGA